GGAAGACAUGUGGGAGAAAUCCUGGACCAGUCAGGAAUGUCUAGAUCUGGAUCAGCAGCUCUGGAAUGUGCCUGUUUGAUCUGUGUGUUUUAUCUCUGCGCACAGAGCUCUGCCUGUUCGGUUCGGUUCGGUUCGGCUCGGUUCGGUUCGGCAGCCUCAGCAGCUCCCAGCAGGGCUUCAUCAGAUCUGCUCUCCCCCCCUCCUCCUCCGGAGCUCCAGAUUUGAUCGCCGGUUCUCCGUCUGAACAUCUCCCCUCUCCGCUCAUUGCUCCUCGGGAGAAAUGUCAGACGUCGGCUCGGAUAAGAUCCGGACCGUAGAUCAGAACCGGGGCCGAACCGAACCGGACCACCAGGAGGCCUCGGUUCCUCACACCGUGUUCGUGAUCCUGGACUCCGCCGAAACUCUUAACUUGGUCCAGAUGGAGUCUGGGAUCGUGGCGGACAUCGAGGUUGACGGUUUGAUUCCUACGGACAGCGAUACCUUCUACCAGAUCAAGAGUCAGCCAGUCAACAUCAGCUCCUCGGCAGCCUCCCCCUCAUCCUCAGCUUCAUCCUCACUCCCGUCAGUGAUGUCAUCAAGGGUUCUGUUGCGUCAGGGGCUUAUGCGUCAGCAGGCUCUGGAGGAGGAGCAGAAGGAGGCGCAGCAGCAGCAGCGCUCCAUUGACACCUCCUCCCCUAUUAGCCUGACUGUGACCACUUCCUGUACGCCUGCUCAGGUUCCUGUGGAGGUGCUGAAGGUGCAAACCCACCUGGAGAACCCCACCAGGUACCACAUCCAGCAGGCUCAGAGGCAGCAGGUCCGACAGUACCUGUCCAAUACUAUGACAGCCAAUCAGCAGCCAGCCGUGCAGCCAAGCCCCUCCCCCAAACAGGACUCCGCUAUCGAGCUGUCCAAUGAGAGUAGCCCAAAGCAAGAGAUGGAGGAGACCGUCAUCGAUGACAUCAUCAGUUUGGAGUCGAGCCUGAAUGAGGAUUUCCUCACAUUGAUUGAUUCUGGCCUGCAGCUCACCAGCACGCUGCCGACGGCGGGGAACAUGCUGGACAUGUACGGAGGGAUGGCCACGCCCACCAUCACCGUUAGCAACAGCUGCCCGGCCGACCUGCACGCAGUCAAACGGGAGCAGACCGGUAAAUCCCACCUACCGGUAGUUACUGUAGCUAACCUGCUGGUUAGUUCAAACCAGCAGAGAGUGAGACCAGGAAGCAGAGGACCAUCGCCCGUCUUUGACCUCUCUCCUUCUUCUUCUUUUUCUUCUGCUGUAGAUGUGGAAACCAAAGCUCUGCUGAAGGAGCGGCAGAAGAAGGACAAUCAUAACUUGAUUGAGAGGAGGCGACGCUUCAACAUCAAUGACCGCAUCAAAGAGCUCGGAGCACUGAUUCCCAAAUCCUCAGACCCGGAAACAAGGUGGAACAAAGGAACCAUCCUGAAGGCGUCAGUGGAUUACAUCCUUAAACUGCAGAAAGAACAGCAGAGGGCCCGAGAGAUGGAGGAGAGACAGAGGAGACUAGAGAGCGCAAACCGCUCCCUGCUGCUGCGCAUCCAGGAGUUGGAGCUCCAGGCGCGCCUCAAUGGCGUCUCCUCCUCCACCUCUGCCUCCACUCCACUAAGCUCCUCAUCCAGCUCCUUGGACCCUAACACUCAUCUGUCUCCUCUGCUGCCUAAUCCGUCCCUGAGCUUCAUGGACCUGGAGGAGUCUCACGAUACGCCGACCGUCUUCUCUCCGGACCUGCUUCCCGGCGUGGGGCUGACAGAGCUGAGCAGCCUGGGGGGGUUCCUGAUGGAGGAAGAUGGAGGAGCAGCAGUGAUGUCCGACCCGCUGCUGUCCUGUGGAGCCUCUAAGACCAGCAGCCGGAGGAGCAGCUUCAGCAUGGACGAGGACCUUUGAUGAUGUCGCCACAAGCUGGUCUCUGAUUGGCUUACAGGAGGGAGAGUCAAAAGUUUCAAAGAAAUCGAUUGAACAAUUUUUAAUCCCUGACGCGGUCCCAAAUUUUCAGCGUAUUGAUAACAAUGUAACCAUGGCAACCACACCACAAGUGCUGCAGUGGCGAUCAUGGCGGGUUAUUUUUUUUUACUGUGUUCCCAUGGUAACCGAUUCUGUUCAGUGCUCUGGAUUCAACACCAACUCCUAAGCUCUGAUUGGCUGAUCUCAGUCUCAGGUGUGUCACCUCUCUGGGUGUAAAAAGCUGUAAAUUCAAACAUCUCUAUAAUCAGUAAGUGCUGGAAAACAAACUCUAAAGAGAUUUUCUUUUUUUUUUUUUUUCUGGAUUUUGUCGAUCGGCUUCAGAUUUAUGACGUUUUAUUUGUUUUCAUGUUUAAACUUCCUGCUGGAGACAAAAGUCCAAACAAACAGAAGGGAAAAUAAAGGAGAGCAGCAGGUCCACCACUGUGCUACCACUGCCCCAGUGUUAUAUCAGCAUCGUUUUAGCACUUAAUACUCAUAAAGUUUUGUUGCUGCCAAGAAGCUGGAUUAAAAUAUCGGUUAGAAGAUAUUAAAGCUUCUAAUAUCAGACCGUCGGUUCUGCUGGAUUACAGACUCUACAGAAACUGAGCAGAGUCCUCCGGUCCAAUCAGACAUGAAACAACAAGCAGUUUCAAUCUUUUCUUUAUUUAGCAUCAGGU